AUGGAGUCUAUGGGCGAGUCUAGCACGGCUCGCCCUGGGACCAACGCCAUGCCCAUGGACCCCGACUUUUACGUUGCUGAAGUGCACGGUAUCACUGCAAAGUUUUAUCUGAAUUUCGCGCCCGAGGAACUCAUCCCGGAGAGAUAUUUCCGGGAAGCAGAGAGAUUCGUCCAUGUUCGACGUCAACCCUGGGUAUUCCGUGCCUCGAGCGAAUAUCCUCGCCAUGUGCAGCUUGACGCCUGGUCAGAAGUCGAUCUGCGUUACAAAACUGUCUUCCAGGCUCUCCACAAAGUCCCCGAAUUCGAAAAAGAUCUCUGGGAAGGAGGGUCCGAAGAGCCCAUGAAUGAUAAUGAUGCGCCUAAGAACCGCCGGAACCAGGCUCAAGUUAUUUUCACGAUGGUGAAAGAGAUUGAAGCGAUGAUGGAUGUCUACAGACUCACUCGGGAUGGACGGACGUCUUUUACCUUGAAGCCCCGAAUGGUUGCUACCUCACUGGAUUACUGCACAGGUUUUCGUGAGAAAUACAAUGAUGCUCCCUUAACGUCCGGAGUUGUCUCGCUGGUAUUCAACCCCGGCAAUGGGGUCAAGUCAAUCAUUAUACCUGCAUCUGCAACAGUGAAAGAAGAGCACCUCAGCGACAGUCUUGCCGGCAAAUUCAAAAUAUUGCUCGGCCAACUCUACCAAAAUAUCCGAUUUCUCCGCGUCUACCCUGACAAAAUCCCUGACCAGGAGGUCUUCCUCCUAGGCAUACACGGCUCAAAGCUCCACCUCCUACGCGCUUUUUUUCCUGGUCAGAAAACUUCUACCCUCUGGUGCCGCCGGGAAGUACAAGGACCAUACCCUAUUCCCGAGCCACCCCAACGUCCCCGAGCACCAUCACCGCCCAUCGAGCCGCACGCAGUCCACGUCGAAAACCACGGCGCCGACACAGAAGAUAAUGCAGGCGAGGUUGUCCCUCGAACCGCCUACCCACCCCGCAGCAGCUCCGCAUCCAUGCAGGAGUCGCCUUCCUUUAACGAAGAGGAAUGGGAGCGAAUUGAGGAACUUUACCGAGCCGCCCGUCUUCGUCGUGUAGAUGGUGAGACAGCCUUGCGCACGUUUAGAGUUCUGGGGACACGGGAGUACGACCUAUGGGUCAAGGAUGACUUCAUUGAAGCGGCAGAGAUGAUUGCUGCGUUGCACCUUUACCUGCUUAGUGGCGAGGCUGAGUGCGGGAAUCUGCAGGAUGUGUUUGAGCGGCACCCUGUUGAUGUUGAAUGUGAAGAAGAUCCGGAGGAAUCGGAGGAGGAGCACGACACAGAUAUGGAUGAUGACUUUAUGUUCACUCAAGAUACGACGGAAGAGGAGAGACGGCAGUAUUUGCAAGUACAUGCUGAUUACCAAGAGCGCAGAGUUAUGGAGCUCGAGGACGAUCUGAGACGCAACCAGGCCAGCAUACCUGCGGGACAACAGGCUGCUGCGAGCUCCCCAAGUUGGAUUCCGAGACCGAUCCAGGGAGUAACGCCUGAUUAUCUCCCUUGGGAAGUUCCGGGGAACGACGAUGACUGCGAUUGGAAUGAUGAGCACGACAUGAGAGGAUGA